AUGGCAAAUAGGCCCAUAACAAGUGGUUUUUCACCCGCAGUAGCAACAUGGUACGGAAGUCCCAAUGGAGCUGGAAGUGGUGGAGCUUGUGGAUUUGCAAAUGAUGUGGCAAAUCCUCCAUACAAUGGUCUUAUUUCUGCUGGAAACCAAAAUAUAUUCAAACAUGGACAGGGUUGUGGGAAUUGUUAUCAGGUAAAAUGCACCGAAAAUCCAGCAUGCUCGGGUUUCCCAAUCGUUGUAACUGUCACAGAUGAAUGUCCUGGUACAUGCAACAAUGAAGCAUUUCAUUUUGACUUGAGUGGAAAAGCUUUCGGAUAUUUGGCGAAGCUCGGCCAAGCUGAUAAAUUACGGAAUGCUGGAAGAAUUAAUAUCCAAUAUCAAAGGGUACCAUGUAAAUACAACACGGGUAUAACAUUCAAGAUCGAUACAGGCUCCAACGCUAACUAUCUUGCGUUUUCGAUUGAGUUUGUGGGUGGAGAUGGUGAUAUCGGUUCGGUUGAACUAUUGCCUUCAAAGCCAAAAGGUUCAUUGUACAUGCAAAAAUCUUGGGGCUGCACUUGGAAAGUUGGAAUACCCGUUGGAACAAACGGCCCUUAUUCUGUAAAGCUAACUACUAUUGAAUCGAGAAGUACAAUUAUCGCAACAAAUGCGAUUCCCGGGAAUUGGUCCCCCGGCAAAUACUAUCACUCGGCAGCCAAUUUCUCUUAA